AUGUCUCUUUCUCCGCGACGGAAUGACGACGACGCAACCACACGACACCUGACUGGGCAUACUCAACAUGAAGGUCCCCUCAGCGGAAUAAGACAACCACCUUUCAUUGCGGAUGCGGUGAAGCGAUCCGUACUGUACCACAUCGGAAGCUAUCAGAUGUUAUCUGACCAGAUUCGACUGCGAACAAAAGACACCUCGGAAUCGAUCACGGUUACACAACUCUCCGACAGCCUCGACGUUGAGGACCCGGUGACCAGGCGGAGGCUCGUCCAACGCAAGCUCAUGAACGAGCUCCAGCGACUUCUGGACGGAAUCGCGCGUCUAGAGCGUCUAUUACGCCGAGGCCGCCUCAUGCGAUGGCUCGUCAACGGCACAUUAGCAUGCCUAUGGCACGCCGUCGUGCUGAACAUGCUAGCCCCCACCUUCUCACACCGAUUCCCCAAGAUGCACGCCUGGCUCGUCCAAAUCUACCCGCACAUGCACGUAAAGGUCCGCGUGUCGACGACCUACCUGGCCACGAUGGCCUACCUGGUGUCCCUUCCCCUGUUCGCCUUCCCGCUCCUCAACUACGAGAAGCAGCUCUCAUGCACGCUGGUCGUCAGGGACUUGCUUGUGGAUCUGUAUGGUCUGGUGCGCGACGGCGAUCGACUCGGUGAGCGGGAUGUCAAAGUCCUGCGCGAUUCGCGCUGGGAUGCCGUCCCGUGGGAUCAGGUCGAGGGGUAG